AUUCUGGAAGAUGCCUCAAUUAUGUGCAAUUCUUGGUCGCCGAGACAUAAUGGCGACCUUUUCGGCGGUUUAAACGGCGGCCUACAGGAUGGAUUACUCUCGAGGGCGGAAGCUUUAGCCGCGGAUUUGGGGAAACAUAACGCGGGCACCCCGAUGCCUUUGAAGCAUGAUCCCGUCUCGGUUUACCAUCACGGUGCUCACAUGCCGGCCCCCCACCCAAACAAUCGGCCACAUCACCAGAUGAGCCACCCAGGGAUGGAAAGUCUAGACAUGUUGGACCCAGCCAAUUCGAUGACAACGCUAACACCGAUGUCAGAAAACACAGGUGGUGGACCGGGCCACCACGCAGGAAUCCAUGGCCCAAGUGUCUACGGUGGGAUGAACGGGAUGAUGGGACACCAUCACCACGCAAACAUCGGUGGAAGCGUUCCACAUCCUCAUCACCAUCCAGCAAUGGCAGCGGCAGCGGCCGCUGCCGCCGCAGCCGGUCUGCAUCCCGACGCGGACACGGAUCCCCGGGAACUGGAAGCAUUUGCCGAGAGAUUUAAACAACGUCGCAUCAAACUAGGAGUCACCCAAGCCGACGUCGGAAAGGCCCUAGCCAAUUUGAAGCUACCAGGUGUUGGAGCUCUCUCCCAGUCAACGAUAUGUCGCUUCGAAUCCUUAACAUUGUCCCACAAUAACAUGAUCGCGCUGAAGCCUAUUCUGCAGGCUUGGCUCGAAGAAGCGGAAGCUCAGGCCAAAAACAAAAGGCGCGAUCCCGAUGCCCCUUCGGUACUGCCAGCAGGUGAGAAAAAACGAAAGAGGACCAGUAUCGCGGCACCGGAGAAACGAUCUUUGGAAGCCUACUUUGCGGUCCAGCCGAGACCCUCUGGAGAAAAGAUAGCCGCUAUCGCUGAGAAGUUGGACCUUAAGAAAAACGUUGUUAGGGUCUGGUUCUGCAACCAACGACAAAAGCAGAAACGCAUGAAGUUCGCUGCCCAGCAUUGA